AUGGCUCGUCUCGCUCUCUCCUUUCUUGUUCCGCCGGCAGCAGCAACAACCGACCUCCUCCUCCCGCCGGCGAAACCGUUCCAAAGCAAUAAUUUCUGUAUCAUUGAGGGAUCAGAGACAGUCCAAGAUUUCGUGCAGAUGCAGCUUCAGGAAAUCCAAGAUAACAUAAGGAGUAGACGCAAUAAGAUCUUUCUACUCAUGGAGGAAGUUAGGAGGUUACGAGUUCAGCAACGGAUUAAGAGUGUUAAAGCCAUUAAUGACCACAGUGAGCUCGAAGUAACCGAGAUGCCUGAGAUACCAUCUUCCAUUCCUUUUCUCCCUAAUGUGACACCAAAGACUUUGAAACAACUUUACUUGACCAGCGUUGUAUUUAUAUCGGGAAUCAUUUUCUUUGGUGGUCUGAUUGCACCUAAUCUGGAGCUCAAGGUAGGACUAGGAGGAACCUCGUAUGAAGAUUUUAUAAGGAGCUUACAUCUACCCCUGCAGUUAAGCCAAGUAGAUCCCAUUGUGGCAUCUUUUUCUGGCGGCGCUGUGGGUGUCAUUUCGACCUUGAUGCUAAUCGAAGUUAACAAUGUUAAACAACAAGAGAAGAAGAGGUGCAAGUACUGCCUUGGGACUGGAUACUUGCCAUGUGCUCGAUGUUCAGCAAGUGGUGUGUGCCUAAGCAUUAAUCCCAUAACACGACCUAGAGCUUCAAACCAGCUUCUGCAAGUACCGACAACAAAGAGGUGUCUAAAUUGUUCUGGCGCAGGAAAGGUGAUGUGUCCGACAUGUCUCUGUACUGGGAUGGUCACGGCUAGCGAGCAUGACCCACGAUUUGACCCUUUUGACUAA